UGCCCCUGGUCAUUUUCAAUAAUGUCAUUAAUGUAUUUUGACAUCGCGUAUGGACGCAAAGCAUUUCUCGGACAAAGAGAGAUAAGUUGGUACAUAGGCUAUCAGGUUUCGGAACAGUGGAAUAGUACAGCCUGCAGCUUUCAUGUGUAGCCCGAGACAUCAGCGAUCGGUGGUACGGUGUGGUUAUACAGGAACUCAGCCAUUUCUCCACUUUAUGCAAGGCUCUAACUACUUAGUAUGUAGUACUCCAGAUGUCUUCAAUGAAAGAUCUGUGAUCUGGUAUGUAUUGAUGUAUGUACCUAGGUAAAGAGCGAUCCGAGCCGCACAACUUCGUUCCAUUCAAACCGUUGAUCUCCCAUUUACCACCAGAAUGCUUCAUCCAAAAUCCUUCCACCUCAUUUCCCAUCUCAUUGAAUUCAACCGCCUUUUCUGGCUUUGGUGAGAUCUUGCGAGAAAACAAUAUUUCUGCUCCCACCCCACCAUCCGCAAGCGCUAUGGCACGAGGCAUUCUCACGUGGACUUUAGCUCUAGGAGCACUGCUGUUUGCGUUUACCGCCAUUUACUUGGGUUCUGCUUUUGACAUUGGAAUCCCCUUCGCAGCCGUCUCUGCGCCUGUGGUUAUUGAUUCCGCGCGAUACAUUCGGUAUAUCGGCAGCCGUCUCGAUGGCGUAGAGCACUUUCAAAACAUCUUCUACGCGGAAGAUUCCACUGGAAGGAACCGCUUCGCACCGCCCGUUCCCCUGCAGCAUCCACAGGGGUCCAUUAUUGAUGCUUCGCAGCCCGGUGCUUGGUGCCCGCAGGGAACUGGUGAUAUACUUCCAUUCACGAGCCGGGUUACUAAUAUCAGCGAGAACUGCUUGAGCUUGCGAAUCUCUCGACCACAUGGUACCAGACCAGACGCAAAGUUGCCUGUUGUAGUAUGGAUACAUGGAGGUGGCCACGCCCUGGGCUCUGCCUACGAUGUUCUCUACGAACCUGAUGGCCUGGUAAAGCAAGCUGCGGAAGAUGGGCAGCCUCUGAUUUUCGUUGCGAUCAACUACCGCCUGGGCUUUUUCGGCUUUGCAACAAGCAAGGCCAUGAGAGACGCGAAACAUACUAAUGCUGGUUUGCGUGACCAGCGUGCAGCAUUAGAGUGGGUUCGUGAUAACAUCGAAACCUUUGGUGGCGAUUCGAAGAGAGUAACGGCAAUCGGCCAAAGUGUGGGGGCGAAUGAUAUCAGCUUUCAGCUGCUAGCAUUUGGAGGAACUCAGGAUGCCCCUUUUCAACGUGCAGUGCUGAUGUCCGGCGGGCCGGGAAUGAACCACAAUAGCGAUCCGGCACAUCUAGUAGAAGAAAACACGGCUGCCAUUGCCCGGCAAGUGGGAUGCGUGAAAGGAGAGGAUACUCAAUCAAUAGAUACUCUAGAAUGUCUACGCCAAGCGCCAGUAGAUAUACUGACUAAUUUGUCAGUCGCUGCUUCUCGAGCUGCACACCCACCGUUUGGGGAAGCAUUUUUCUAUCCUACAGUUGAUGGAGACUUCUUCCCCGACCGGCCAUCCAAGUUACUUCGCGAUGGGAAGUUCGCCAAGGGGGUGCCGGUCAUCGACUCCUGGGUGACGAACGACGGAGCCUGGUACCCGCCCCCAACAGUCUCAUCUGACGAGGGUGUACUGGCAAGUGUCGUAAGCUGGAUCCCCGGCCUGUCUGCAUCCACAAAGGCCAAGCUGCUCAGACUGUAUCCGCUCGAAGAUUUUGAAUACAUGGUGCGACCCGAGUACGACGGGCCCAUCUCGCCACAAUACUACCGCGCCGCGCAGAUCACUCGGGAUUUCUGGUUCACGUGCCCGGCGCUCGGGUUCGCAUGGCACUACGCACGAAAUGGCGGCGCAGACAUAUCACAAAUACGUCUGUACGAGCACAACGUCACGCGAUACACGCCCGUCUUCGAAAAGAUGGGCGUCCCAAUGUGGCGUGUCGCGCACCUGAGCGAUAUUCCCUACGUGCUAAACACCCAUCGCCUAGGCGGCGGGGCGGAUAAUUCUGCGGCGCAACUGAAGCUAGCUAAGAUCAUAAGCCGAAGUAUCAUGAAGUUUGUGACGUCGACGAGUCUAGUCGGAGAUAGUCACGGCGGUAUCGAGGCAUGGCCUCCGGCUUUUGAAAAUGUAACUAAAGCUGAAUUAUUGGAGGCAGACUUUCCUAGUACGCUGACGCUGGCGUUGUUUGGGGGGCAUGACCUUAGUAUUCCAGUAACUAUCAACAAAGAUUACGGUAGCCAGACUGAUGCUUUAGAAGCAUCGAGGGCUAUAGGGCGAGAGAAAGUGUUCGAAAGAUGCGGGUUCAUUAAUAGUCAGAAGGUGGUAGACGAGGCGGGUUGGUAGGUUGGGAAUCCGAGCAUCACGGUCGUUAGAUUCUAAGCUUACCAUGCUUAAUCCGUAUAAUCGGUAUAAUUUGCUUAUCGACGAUAAAAUAAAAAACCGGACGAACAUUCGUUUGACGUUUGGGUGUUAGGCCAUAGACGUAGAUAGCCACUCCCGUGGCUAUCCAUGGCUACUGCCAUGUGGGCAUCUCCAUGGUUGCUGCUGCCACAGCUUGCUGAACCUUAUCC